UUUCACACACCUCAGGAACACCUCUCUGCUGCCCGCUGCCCAGACACACCUGCAGCCCUGCCCAGCCGGCUCUGCUCACCCAGAGCGGGAGUGACAGUGAUGUCACAGGUGUGGAGUGCCAGCCACGUGCUGGGUGCCAAGCAAAACAGCCAGGGCGAGUGUGUGUAUCAUCAGUACCUGAGAAGGAAGGCCAUCGAAAGAACUUGUCAAUGUCCCAGACAUGAACCAGCCCAGGCCCCGCUACGUGGUAGACAGAGCUGCGUACUCCCUCUCCCUCUUCGAUGAUGAGUUUGAGAAGAAGGACCGUGCCUACCCGGUGGGAGAGAAGCUUCGCAACACUUUCAGGUGCUCCUCAGCCAAGUUCAAAGCCUUUGUGUUUGGGCUGUUGCCUGUGCUCUCCUGGCUCCCUAAAUACAAGAUCAAAGACUACAUCAUCCCUGACUUGCUGGGUGGACUCAGUGGAGGGUGUAUCCAGGUGCCACAAGGCAUGGCAUUUGCAUUGCUGGCCAACCUUCCUGCUGUCAACGGUCUCUACUCCUCCUUCUUCCCCCUCCUGACCUAUUUCUUCUUAGGGGGUAUUCACCAGAUGGUGCCAGGUACCUUUGCCGUUAUCAGCAUCCUGGUGGGUAACAUCUGUCUGCAGCUGGCCCCAGAGUCGAAAUUCCAGAUCUUCAACAAUGUCACCAAUGAGACCUACGUGGACACAGCAGCCAUGGAGGCAGAAAGACUGCAUGUGUCUGCGACACUUGCCUGCCUGACUGCUGUCAUCCAGAUGGCCUUGGGCUUCAUGCAGUUUGGCUUUGUUGCCAUCUACCUCUCUGAGUCCUUUAUCCGGGGCUUCAUGACAGCCGCUGGCCUGCAGAUUCUCAUCUCUGUGCUCAAGUACAUCUUUGGUCUGACCAUUCCCUCCUAUACAGGCCCUGGCUCCAUCGUCUUUACCUUCAUUGACAUUUGCAAAAACCUCCCCCACACCAACAUCGCCUCGCUCAUCUUUGCCCUGGUCAGCGGUGUCUUCCUGGUGCUGGUGAAGGAACUCAACGCUCGGUACAUGCACAAGAUCCACUUCCCCAUCCCUACAGAGAUGAUUGUGGUGGUAGUUGCAACCGCUAUCUCUGGGAGCUGCAAGAUGCCAAAAAAAUACCACAUGCAGAUUGUGGGGGAGAUCCGACAAGGGUUUCCCACUCCGGUGGCACCGAUGGUUUCGCAGUGGAAGGACAUGGUGGGCACAGCCUUCUCCCUGGCAAUUGUGGGCUAUGUCAUCAAUCUGGCUAUGGGCCGCACCCUGGCCAGCAAGCAUGGCUAUGAUGUGGAUUCUAACCAGGAGAUGAUUGCCCUGGGCUGUAGCAACUUCUUCGGCUCCUUUUUCAAGAUCCACGUCAUUUGCUGCGCUCUCUCAGUCACACUGGCUGUGGAUGGGGCUGGAGGGAAAUCCCAGGUGGCCAGCUUGUGUGUGUCUCUGGUGGUGAUGAUCACCAUGCUGGUCCUGGGAUCCUAUCUGUACCCUCUCCCCAAGGCUGUGCUAGGUGCCCUGAUCGCUGUCAAUCUCAAGAACUCCCUGAAGCAGCUCACUGACCCCUACUACCUCUGGAGGAAGAGUAAGCUAGACUGUUGUGUCUGGGUGGUGAGCUUCCUCUCCUCGUUCUUCCUGAGCCUGCCCUACGGUGUCGCAGUGGGUGUAGCCUUCUCCAUCCUGGUUGUGAUCUUCCAGACCCAGUUUCGAAAUGGCUCCACACUGGCCCAGGUCAUGGACACGGACAUCUAUGUGAACCCCAAGACCUACAACAGGGCCCAGGAAAUUGCGGGAGUUAAGAUUGUCACUUACUGCUCCCCUCUCUACUUUGCCAACUCAGAGAUCUUCAGGCAAAAAGUCAUUGCCAAGACAGGUAUGGACCCCCAGAAAGUAUUACUCGCCAAGCAGAAAUAUCUCCGGAAGCAGGAGAAGAGGACGGCGAUACCCACACAGCAGAGAAAGUCCCUCUUCAUGAAAACCAAGACGGUCUCUCUACAGGAACUCCAACAGGACUUUGAAAGUGCUCCCUCUACUGACCCCAACAACAACCAAGCUCCUGCGGCUGAGGCUCACAUAUCCUACAUCACCUUCAGUCCAGACGCCUCCACAGCUGCUGCAUGUGAGCUGCCCGCCUCCACUCGGUCCCCCCAGGAGGCUAGUGACACUCUAGCCAGUGUGCCGCCCUUUGUCACCUUCCACACUCUCAUCCUUGACAUGAGUGGAGUCAGCUUUGUGGAUUUGAUGGGCAUCAAAGCUCUCGCCAAGCUAAGCUCCACCUAUGAGAAGAUCGGAGUCCAGAUCUUUCUGGUAAACAUCCACGCCCAGGUGUAUAAUGACAUCAGCCACGGAGGUGUCUUUGAAGAUGGGUGUGUACAGCGCAGUCACGUGUUCCCCAGCAUCCACGAUGCAGUCCUCUUUGCCCAAGCAAAUGCUAGAGAAGCCCCAGACCGCAACUUCCAUGGGGCUCCAGGGGAUACUGAGUUCUCCUUGUAUGACUCAGAAGAGGAAGGUCCCAGCUAUUGGGACUUAGAACAGGAGAUGUUCGGGACCAUGUUUCACACAGAGACCCUGACUGCCCUGUGAGGACCCAUUUGGUUCCCAUAUUUCCUCCUGAGGGCCUGGCAUCUGGAAUUUCCAUGGAUGAUACACUCGGGAUUGCAGGAGUGACUGAGAGAAGAGUAUGUCUGCCAAGAUGCUAGAGCCUCUCUCAACUCUUUGUUUUCUCUUCCACCUUUCCCUCUCUCCCUGUCUCCCCGGGAGAGAGCCAUCUCAGCCUCUGCAGCUGGAUGAGCAAGCUCUGACAAGGAUGAGACUCUGGUGAACCCAUCUCAUCACCUCCCCCUUCCCACUCAAGCCUGGGCCAACUAUAAGCUCAUACCUCCCAUCAACGCAAGCCCCACCCCAUGGCAGCUGACUUCCAGCCUUUAGAGUGAGCUAAGAACAGAAUGAUAAGAGCACCUGUGCUAAGCUGGACUGCAGUUCAAAUGUAUCUGUGUCCUGAGUGAUUCUGCCUUGGAAGGUUUCAGGCUGUGGUGGAACACAGAGAUGAAUGGGGUUACAAUGGUGAAGCUUGUCCCUCCGGUUGCUCCUUCUAGUUGUUAGCUUUGUGCCUCAAAGACACUGUACUACUCACAACCCAGGAGUCUCUGUCUUUGUGCCCAUUUCCCUCUCAUUUUCCUAAGACUGCCCAGGCCCCCACUGCUGUCCAGCACUUCAGACUCUAGUGUGGACAGUGGGCAGGACCCUCAAGAUUAUCAGCACUACCUCUCCAGGGACAGCACACAAAGGGACCUGAUUCCACCUUAUGAAUCUUCCCCGCCUGGAGGCCACCCCAUCCUGGGGAACAGGUGACUGGCAGAAUCCUGAUACAGCAGCAGCUAUUCUGCACAAAAUCUUCUAAGGAACCCUCUUUACUGGAUGAAUGGAAGGAGUAAUAUGUUGCUAAUGUAAACUCGGGCAAACUGGUGGAUCCUAGGCCCUGACAGUCCACCUGACCUCGGAGCCCGUAUUGCCUCACUUGGGAAAUCUGUCCUGUCCAUUUUCACUUGAAAGGACAGCUCAGUUGCACCCACCCCUAUCAGCCUGUACCAUCCAGAGCUGUGAUGGUAGGUCCCAACAGGCAGGGGAGGAACUUCUGAGGUACCAACUUCAUAGCCCUACUGUGUAUAGAUUUGAAGGAUUGUUCCAGACUGGAUCUCCCUCUACGUGGAACUCUUAACAAUCUCCAGACAUUUUUACCCUUAGGAAAAUUGACAACAGGAGUGAAAUUCUCAGGUAAACAAAGAUUUCUUAGAGACAUCCUACUGUUGACUUGAAAGUAAAAGGUCCUCUCUCUCUCUCUCUCUCUCUCUCUCCACACACACACACACACACACACACACACACACACACACACACACACACAUCUUAUAAAAACUAACUACCAUAAAAGUACACAGAAAAUCUGGCCUCUCUUCUUUGUUCUCCAAGCUCCUUCAAUGUAAUGACCCCUAUCCCAACAGGUUGGGCCGGCCCAAAUAGGAAAACAACCCAAUUAUUAGCUUCAGCCUGUCCGUCAUUAUGCGUCUCUGUGUUAAUAAGCUAGUGAGCUAGUCUUCAUAGAGUUAAAGAACAGGGCUCUGACAACGAGCCAACACAUUCUUGGCCACAGCUGUUCCUUCUCAGUGAAUUCAUUAUGCCAUCUGGCUGCCAAUGGAGCCCAAAACUUGGAAGGCAGAAAGACAAUGUUAUCUGGGAUUCACUGUGCCCUGCACUCAAAGUGCUAAAUUCCAGAAGGAAGAGAACCUCAGCCAAUGACAAUCUACCCUCCCCUACUCCACCUCCUCCAAAGUACAGGAAGCAGAGAAGGUCACAGAGCCUCAGGACAUUAUUAAUCCCCUUUGAACCAAGUGUCUAGAUCCCAUUGACCUGCAGACCAGACCUGGGACUGAAAGGGAUGGCAGACUCACAGUGGCCGGGUUUUGGAGUUUGGGGGUGUGGAUCGGCAACAUGUUGAAUCUAUAUACACUCACAGAACCUAUGGUGAAUGUGUGGUUAGACAUAGAGGGUGGAGGGGUACAAAAAAGGUGCUGAAGAAAACUCCACAGUCGCAACUCUUGGGGUAGAAUAUAAACAUUACACAGACUGCUGCCCUGGACAUGACUGAGGCAGGAAGGGAGGGUGUGUGUGAGGGAACAGUAAUCCAGAUUUCCCAUACCUGUGCAUGUUCUUACAGACACUGACCUAGGACAUAGAUUCCCUAGGAAGGCUGCAAACUUACCUCUUGAGAUAUUUGUAUAAUUUAUUUAAAUGCCAGUCUCCUUUAUUUGUUUUGGUAAUAAAGUGGUCUUGAAAUGUGAA